CCCAGGACCGGACUCAGACCACGCCGCACGGUAACCCCCCUGGGACCAGCACAAGCCAGCUGUCUCAGCUCAGGCAGGUAGGCUGCCAGCCAGCGAGAUAGCCAGCAGAAUCUCUAAUCUGUCCUGAUUGCCCAAUGCCCAGAACACAAACUCUACACCCCCUCCCAACUGGAUAGAGAGGCUGGAGAGAGAGAUGGAAUAACUCCAAAAGGGGGUGUGAUCCUUCAGCAAAAUUUAUACAAGAGCCUCAGUUUCAGCUACGUGGGCACUUUCUCUUCCCAGCUACUUGGAGCUCCACAGGUCACCCACAACCUCCCCAUAGAUCUCCUCGGAGCAGCAACCCUUUUCCUCUGCUACACUCCUCUUAGUCUUACACCAGCAGAGACCCUGUCAAAUGAUACAGAAUUCUGAGAAAUGAGCUGGUCAGCAACACAUUGCCUGCAGAGCUCCACAGGCCACCCACAACCUCCCCAUGGAUCUCCUGGGAGCAGCAACCCUUUUCCUGGUCAUCUGCCUCUUUUGCCUGACAGUCCUCUCAACAUGGCGGCAGAUGCACCGCAAAAGCCAGAUGCCGCCUGGACCAACUCCCCUCCCCUUCAUCGGGAACCUGCUCCAAGUCAACACAAGUGAUAUGUACCGUUCAUUCAUGAAGAUUCAUGAGAAAUAUGGUCCUGUCUACACCAUCCACUUAGGGCCCCGCCGUGUUGUCGUCUUGUGUGGAUACGAUGCCGUGAAGGAGGCCCUGGUGAAUCAAGCCGAAGAGUUCAGCGGCCGUGGAGAGCAAUCGGCAUUUGACUGGAUUUUCCGGGGCUACGGGGUUGCCUUCAGCAACGGGGAACGGGCCAAGCAGCUACGCCGAUUCUCCAUCAUGACGCUGAGGAAUUUUGGGAUGGGAAAGAGAUCCGUCGAAGAGCGGAUCCUGGAGGAGGCCCACUUCUUGCUGGAAUCCCUGAGGGAAACAAAAAGUGCGCCUUUUGACCCCACCUACGUCCUGAGCCGUUCAGUGUCCAACGUCAUCAGCUCCAUUGCCUUUGGCAACCGCUUUGAAUACGAAGAUAAGGAGUUCCUCUUCUUGCUCAGCACUUCGCUGGAAGUCUUCCAGUUCACUGCCACCUCUUGGGGACAGCUCUACGACAUGUUCUCUGGCAUCAUGCAGCACCUGCCUGGCCCACAAGAUAAAACCUUCAAGAAGCUGUUGGGCCUGAAGGAAUUCAUUAAAAGGAAGAUAAAAGAAAACAAGGAGACCCUGGACCCUAACAACCCUCGGGAUUUCAUUGACUGCUUCCUAGUGAAAAUGCAGCAGGAAAAGGAAAACCCAAACUCAGAGUUCUUCCUAGAGAAUCUGGUUUGUACAACAGCUAACCUCUUCUUCGGUGGCACAGAAACGGUCAGCACCACCUUGCGCUAUGGCUUCCUGCUUCUGCUGAAAUACCCGGAGGUUGAAGAGAAAGUCCACGAAGAGAUUGAACGGGUGAUUGGCUCCAGUCGCACUCCCAACAUGGAUGACCGUCCCCUGAUGCCCUACACGGAUGCUGUGAUCCACGAGAUCCAGAGAUUCGCUGACAUGCUCCCCUUGGGGUUAGCGAGACGUGUGACCCGUGAUACCCAGUUCCGGGGAUACACCAUUCCCAAGGGAACUGAAGUGUUUGCUUUGCUGGGAUCCGUGCUGAGAGACCCCCAACAUUUUGCAAGACCAGACGUGUUUGACCCCAAACAUUUCCUGGAUGAGAAUGGGCAGUUCAAGAAGAAUGAGGCUUUUAUGCCAUUCUCUACUGGGAAACGCUAUUGCUUUGGAGAGCAGCUGGCCCGAAUGGAACUUUUCCUCUUCUUCACCAGCAUCCUGCAGAACUUCCACCUAAAAUCCCCCAUCCCUCCUGAAAAGAUCGACCUCUCUCCCAUGCUGGUUGGCUUUGCCACCGUUCCACGUUUUUAUGAAAUGUGCGCCAUUCCCUUGUGAAAGAGGAGGACAGGUGUCUUGAUUGUCACCCACCUUGGCUGCCCCAAAUUCAAAAGUUGGAGAAAACUUGAACUCAGGAAGGGCCAGAACAGGUUGACCCUUCCUCCUCCAGAAUCUUUCUUUUCAAGCUCCAUGAUCUCUGUUUCCAUGGGUAGAAUUUCUCUUCUCUGCAUUUUCUUGGAAUUGAUCUCACAGGUCCAUAAAUAUCUGGUCCCUGGCUCUCUGCCCUCUUCCUCCCCUACCCCACUUCCCUGAGGUACCAGGGUUGAGUCCUUCUCAUCUUCCCCCUUUCUGGUCACCAGUCUCCCUUCUGGCGCCUAGUCCAACUCUGAAGUCUUUAUUUCCAUGCCAUGUCCCCCACCCUUUCCUGUCUUUGUUCUUCCACUUGUGAUAUGUUUGCCAACAUACCUUUGCUGACACUUUCAUUGUGAGUAGUUAAGGAAGAAUUGUAGUUAAGGAAGAACCUGUGGGAUAGGUGUCAGGAUGAUAUGUGGGUGCUUGCCGAGAUAACAGCCCAGGAUUCCAGCCUGUCUUUACGAGAUUUAUUAAGUCCAAAACUAUGUACAGUACGGAGCUCUUGAAAGCAUGUCUGCCUCAAUCGCUAUCAGUUGCCGGAAGUGGCUCACGCCUGUUCCCCCUCCAGUGGAGAAGCUUCCUGACCUCCCCCCCCCCUUUUCCUCCUCUCCUUACGUGAAAACCUAAGCGCCGGAGGCUGCUCCUUUCUCUCUACUAUAGCAGCCUUUGGAUUUCCCUCCCUCUCAUUUUCCGUGUUCCUGACAGUCCCUCCUCCUCUCCCUCUGACAAGUGCAGCUGCUCAUCAAAGGAGGCGGCUCUCUGUACAUUCCGGUCUCUCCCCCCUUCUCUGCCAACCGAUCCCUGACAAUAGGACAGUUGCUAGCACGGUUUACAGCUUGAGGAGGUCAGCCAAAUCUUGUGUCUCUGAAUAUUUCCAUCUCUCAAUCCACAGUAUGAUGAGCAGGGGCAGCGGAGGAGGAAGCCACUCAGGCGUCUGGAUUGGUGCGCCCAGGGGCGGGGCACACUUCCUAUAGGGGCGGGGCGAAGGCGGGGUGAGCCACCCAUAGGGGAAGGCCACAGCGCGGGGCCUCUGGAGUCUGCCUGUCUCCUCCCACUCAGCUGCCUACAGCUGGGUGGGGGGAGGCAGUGGAUGGACCAUUUGGGCAGAGCGGAGCCUGUGCGCGCCCAAACCACCGUGUCUCUCCCAGCAUUUUGUCACCCCCCUCAGUGGUGACACCCAGGGCACCCCGCCCCUACUGCACACCCCUUCCUCCACCCCUGGGUAGAAUCUCCUAAGGUAGAAUCUGGGACCCUGAGUCUCCCUCCCCCUGCAACUAGGGGCACUCUUUGACCCCCACUCCAUUAUCAGUCAAUGUUUCGCCAAUGCCAUCUGUUGAAUUUUUUCACAUUUAAUCAGCUGAGAAUGAAACUAAGUUGAAGCGGUAUAUUGAUUUUUCUCAAUACCUCAAAUAAUUAGGGCCAUUCUACCCUGUCAAAGGCUUUUUUGCACUGAAAAGUAAGAAAACAGUUGGUAAAUCUCUGCUUUAUUCAGGAUGUACAGUACACUGCUUUCAAUAUUUGUACUCUAUUGCCUUCUCUUAAUAAAUCCAGUUUGAACUGGACGAAUGUACAA